CAAAGUCCUCCGGCAGGGACCCUCCCUGCGCCUGUCGGCACCAGAACACUUGGUUGCUAUUUAAACAGUAACGUGACUCCAGGUGGCACCCCCGUCCCGUCCGUCCAGCACCUCUGGGGCAGGCACUUUGUCCCCAGGUCCCUCGCCGGCCGUUCCAUACGCGGGUUAAGCCCAGCAGCUGCUGCAGCACUAUGGGGCCUCCCAGCAGGGCCAGGUUUAUCCUCCGCGUGCCCCAGGAGGCUCAUGACCCCCUUGUGCACGUCGAGUUUGUCUGUGACAGAGCCGGAACCAGAGCUGGGGGCUGCUCUUUGGGGCAGGGCCAGCCCUGAGGUGGCACAGCCGGUCUGGGGUCUGUGCCAGGCCUGGUUCUGUCUGUCCCAACCCUGCUGCUCAUCCCCCCCUCCCCGUAUCUUUCCCUGCCCGCAGGUGGAGAAGCUAUGCCCCAAAUUCUACCACCGCCCCCAGGCAGCCAACCCUGUGUCGCUGAGCCUGUAUUACGAGAGCCUGUGCCCGGGCUGCCGCAACUUCCUGGUCACCCAGCUCUUCCCCACCUGGGUGAUGCUCAGUGACAUCAUGGACAUCACACUGGUGCCGUACGGAAAUGCCCAGGAGAAGAACGUCAGCGGGAAGUGGCAGUUCGAAUGUCAGCAUGGUGAACUGGAGUGCAGGGGGAACAUGAUCGAGACCUGCCUGAUGUACCAGCUGAAGGACUUCGAUCACUCUUUCCCUGUGAUCUUCUGCAUGGAAUCGGCGGGCUCUGUGGUUGAGAAUCUUGAAGCUUGCCUGCAGGUCUAUGCCCCAACUGUCCAUCUGGCUGAGAUCAACUCAUGCGUGACAGGCGAUCUGGGGAACAAGCUGAUGCAUCGCAAUGCUCAACUGACCGAUGCCCUCAACCCACCCCAUAACUACGUGCCGUGGAUCCUCGUCAAUGGGAAACACACGGACGCUCUCCAGGCGCGAGCCCAGACCGCUCUGUUCAGGAUGGUUUGUGAGCUGUACACGGGUGAAAAGCCAGAUGCCUGCGAAGGCGGGGGGCUGAGUCCCAGCGCUGCUGAAGACCGAGUCUCUCUGAAUUAACCCCCAGCCUAGGGCUGCUCCCUGUACCCCAGCGCCUGGCCUUGCAGUUGGGGUGACUAGACAGCCAGAGGCAGCAGGGGAUCGAUUUUUGCCUGGUAUGAUGAUGUCAGCUCUGGGCUCAGGCCCAGUAAACUCUGCUGCAGGUGGGGGCAGUUCAGUUGUGAGCGGGGGGUUGAUGGGAGAAAGGGCACAAGAUGGUUUGAAUUUGGACAUGGGAAUGCGAAGGAUCUCUUCACGCAGGGUGUCAGCACCAGGAGCUGGGCUGGGGGGAGCCCAGCCUUGUAAUCAGGGAGAGCAGCAGCAGAAGCCCUGCACAGGGCAGGGAGCAGCAACAGCUGGAGAGUCGUUAAAAGAGCACGUUCUGCUGGAGAGAGGCAUCGGGUCCCCCUGACUCCAGUAGGCAGCCUGGCUGAGCAGCUUGGCAGCACGGGCCUGGAAGCGCUUCCAGAGAUCUAGGCCAGUGUGUAAGUGUGUCGAAUAUACAGCAUUGAAAGCGCAGGAGCAACUGUCCACAUCAGGGAACUCCCUGACCCACUCAGCCCUUCCCUCGGGCCUCUCCAGAUCUCUGUAGCGAUUAAAUAAGGGAGGGCACAUUUCCGCUCGCUCUCCCUGGAGCUGCCCCAUCCCUGGGCUGGAACCUGCACCUCGACCAGCAGACAUGCCAAACCAGGAAUGGGACCCCACCCCUGCCCUGCUUUGCCCCAACCUUGGGCACCAGCAUGCCUGGCUGCAGAUCUUGCCUCAUGCUGUGCAGCUGGCAGGGUGCUGUGACCAGCGGGGGACAAAGCUUAAGCGCAGCAAAUCUUGGGGGACACGCUAUAUUUGCUUUGCUGAUUUGGUGACUGACACCUGACCCUUUGCCCAUACUGAUGCCUUAUGUGAACUAGCUCCACCGGCCCCCCAAACACUGACAUGUCCAUGUCUUCAGCCCACUGGCCUCUCCAGGAAAUGGUCCUGUGUCACUAGGCCCCAUCCGCCUUUCACACAAACAGACUAGUGCCUUGCCCUCCCCAGCCUGAUGCACAUUCCCUUCUAAUUGCUCUAAUUGUAUUGAUGUCACAAAUGCAGAUUCUUGGGACGCAGGAUAGGAAUGCCCUUCCUGCAAAUGAAUCUAUUGAGUAAC